AUGGCGGGCAUGAAACACAAGUCAAAGGCCCACCAAGAGCAGGUGAAAUCACCCAUAGCUUCAGAAACAAACGGAACGUCAGAUUGGUACUCCAAAACUAAAACGGUGAGGAAUCCCAUCAAAGCCGGAGCCUACUCUCCCCCCAAUGCUUCCAGCUCCACGAUACGGCGCUCUCCAAUAUCUGUCAUGAAUCAUUUUCAAACAAGGACUAGAAAACAACGACAGAAACUGAGGAAUAUGAGCAUAUCACCUACGAAUCGACGCUUCAUACUGGUGUUUGGUUUCUUUGUAUUGGCCGGACUUCAUACUGUGAUUGUCACCACCCAGCUGCAAAAAUACUUGAAGGAGGACGCUGCGAAUAUUCUCCAAACAUCCAAAGCCUCGUUUAAAACAUCCGAAAUGAAAUCAAAAGAAAAGAUCCCGACUUAUCGUGGAUUAGAAGAAGAAGCCGUAGAAGGCAAGACACCAACGUAUCGCGGCAUUGAUUUGGACGAAUUGGAGAGAGCGGCAGCCGAAGUAGAAGCUGCUGCGAAAGAAAUUCAAAAAACCACUCGCAAGUUGACUAUUGAUGAUCUAGAACUUGGUGAUUAUAUUGAUCAUGGGGCCAUCAAUGUAGUGUCUCGAGUCACACUGCCGGAUUGGUGGUGGGAACAAGAACGAGCCAACCACGAGGAUAAGUCAACACCACUUUCCACUGCCAAAAAUUCCAAAUACGUCGUCAAAUUAGCCGCGGGAGAUUGGAGAGUUGAGCUUGCCAAGCGAGAAUGCAAGGCGCUGCAAAAGCUGAACAAGAAGAAGCAAAAGGUCCGAGAGCUGAAUAUCAUGCCGACUCUCAUGAUCGGACCCUGUAACUUUACCAAUCCAUUCCAUACUGAUCAACAGAGACCAAUUCCUUCUUCCUUUCCCGACAAAUACGAAAAGCAAUUGCGGACAGAGCCCGAGAUUGUUGCGAUUGUGGUGCCAUUUUACGAUCAUCAUUUUCUAUCCAAACCAAGCAAAUGGGUGGAAAACUUGGAUGAUGUUCGGUACUUUUUGCAAACUCUGUUGCAAACCUUGGCCUAUGCACAUUCGGUAGGAAUCAACAAUAUGGAUAUUAGUGGAUCCAAUGUCAAGGUGGACAUGUACGGACGGGCCUUGAUUUUGGAUUGGAAUGCCAAUCAAGCAAAUGGUCAGCCCAUUUACGAUCCACUGGCCAAUACGUGGAUCACCGCUCCUGAGGGACUAUUGGAACAAACUGGACUGGACUCUCCAAAGAACGUAUUGCAAGAGUCUAUUUCAGGGAUGGAUAUUUGGAGCGUAGGUGUCAUGCUGACGAAUUUGGUCUUUGAUCCUUGUUUCUUUGUCAAUCCAAGAGGAUUGGGUCUACACCAUUCACAAAUUCCCGAGGAUCAACAGCGCACUGAAUUCCCCAAGCAUUAUGGACUCAUCAAAGAAAUGUUGAUGCGGCUUGGUGGUGAAACAAGAAUCCCAGUCGGCGAGGGAGUAUUUUUGGAUUUGGCCAAAUUGGUGGGUUUGAGUCGGCCCAAGGUUUGGAAGCGAAAAUUUGAUUUGCCGCUCUACACAACCAACUCUACUUGCCAAGAGACAGACUUUGAGAUGCUCGAAGAUGCAUCCAAGGAUGACCUCGAACAACUGCACUCUGUUUUGAAGACAAUAUUCAAGAUUUCUCCAUUGAACCGACCCACAGCGCAAGACCUGCUGAAGCAUCCAUUUUUUCAGGACAAACCAAAACGCAAGGUUGUGAAACCGCAGCCAUGGAACAAAGAGGAAGUGAUCUAUGAUCUUUCCUUGGCAGAUUUGGAAGUUGGCGAUUUUAUUGGAAAUGGAAUGAUCAACAUUGCGGCCUUUGUUGAGUUCCCAGAUUGGUGGUAUCGUCAACACAAUGUAGAUAAGGAAAAGCAAAAGUAUGUGAUCAAGAUGGCUCCUGGUGACAAAUGGUACACCAGUCAAGGGGAUCGAGAGUGUGAUGUUUUGGAGAAAAUGAACAAGAAUAAGACUUUGGCUCGGAAACACAAUAUCCUUCCCAAUGUAUUUUGCAUGCGACGAGCACGGAAUCCAUUCUUUCGGAACCCAGACCGGCAAUUGCCACCUUCCUUUUCAUUCAAGCACCAGAAGCGGCUGCGGAAAGAACACAAAAUGUCAGCAGUCGUAAUUCCAUUUUUCAACUUGCAAAGAGCAGAAGACUAUUGUGAGGAUUUGGAUGAUGUUCGGCUCUUCAUUUCAAGUCUUCUUGAAACCUUGAAUUAUUCCCAUUCGUUGGCAAUCAACAACUUCGACCUCAGUUCUUCCAAUGUUAAGAUUAGCCCCAAAGGAAGAGCUGUCGUAAUGGACUGGAACGCAAACAAGGCCAAUGGGCAGGAUAUGUAUGACCCAACAGCCAACACCAAAAUCACAGCUCCUGAAGGUCUGUUGGAGUAUGGGCUGACCGAAGAAGACCGAAUCUUGCAAACUUCGAUAUCGGCAAUGGACAUUUGGAGUGUGGGUACGAUGCUGGCCGACUUGGUGUUUGCUCCGUGCUGGUGGAUCAGUAGAGAUGACAUUGACGUCAAGCAUCCCAAUGGAAUUUAUCAUUACGACUACAUUCGGGCCAUAUUGAUGGAGAUUGGAGGAGAAUCAGUAAUUCCCAUUGGAAACAACAAAACUCUGGAUCUGGCCAAUCUCGUGGGCCUGAAUCGGAGCGACCUUCUCUCGCGCAAAUUCAACCUGCCAAUCUUCGAUGAGGACGACAGAUGUAAAACGAAGGAUUUCCCAAUGCUAAAGGGUGUACCAAAAGAGGAAGUUGAUUUGGUUUAUUCCUUUCUUGAAACAAGUAUGAAGAUUGCGCUCCAGGAACGUCCAACAGCAUCAGCAUUGCUGAAACAUCCGUUCCUCUCGACUGAAAAGACAAAAAGUUCCAAAGCAGCCAAACGGGUCGAGGGCAAGAGUAAUGCAGAACUGGCAAAGAUCAUUGCGGAUGUACCGAUGCAAUACUUGGAUGCCAGUGUUGAAGAAUAUACUGCCGCUGAGAAGAAAAAAGUGCGGGAAUUGACAGUCAAUGACAUUGAAAUUGGCGAAUUCAUCGGAAAUGGGGCUAUCAAUAUGGUCGCAGUUGCGAUUUUGCCAGACUGGUGGUACAAGCAAAAGAAGAUAAAUAAAAAUGUGCUCUUUGUCGUCAAACUUGCUGCCGGCAGCGACUGGUUGACAAAACAAGCAGAUCGAGAGUGUUAUGUCCUUGAAAUACUAUCCAGAGACAAAAAGAAGGCCGAAGAGUUUGGCAUCAUUCAGACCAUCUUUAUGUCUAAAAAGGUCCCAAAUCCAUUCCGCAAGAAGCACAUUCCCAGCAAAUUUCCCAAGCACAUGGUAAAACGACUUCGUAAUGCCAAAACUGUGGUCGCCAUUGUACAGCCGUACAUGGAUCUAGACUACAUUCAUGACCUCAAACAGUUCAAUGACAUCCGGUACUUUAUUCGGAGCCUACUGCGGGUCCUAGACUAUGCGCACUCCUUAGGGGUCAACAACUUUGACCUCAGUGAUUCGAAUGUCCGAGUCGAUGACGAUGGUGAGGCAGUGGUGAUGGAUUGGAAUGCGAACAAGAAACAAGGAGAAGACAUCUUUGACCCAGUUGCCAAUUUAUGGCUGACAGCGCCAGAAGGAAUGAUCGAACAUGGUCCUCGAGGAGAAACAAUUCGUCAGACAUCAAUCUCGGCAAUGGAUAUUUGGUCUGUCGGAAUCAUGCUGAUUUUCUUGAUGUACCAACCCUGUCAGUGGGUCAAUCCCGAGGUUUCGUACUUAUACGACAAGUACCCUCGAAACUAUCAUUUGUUGCGAGAAGUUGUCAAAAAUGUUGGAGGUGAGACCAUAAUCCCGAUAGGAAACCAUCAAGAGAUGGAUCUGGCCGAGCUGGUGGGUUUGCGUCGAGAGGAUCUCUUGAAGAAAAAGUGGAAAAUGCCGCUUUAUGAUGCGGAACAGGAUGACACAUGUGACGAGACGGACACUGACUCGUAUCUGAAGCAGUACGGUGCGAAGAGCAAGGAUUUGGAAGAUAUGCACCAUUUUUUGGAAUCCAUGAUGAAACUCUCGCCAGCCGAAAGACCCGAUGCGGCGACUUUAUUGAAGCAUCCUUUCAUGAUUUUCUCCUAUGAAUAG